AUGGACCCGCGGCUCGUUCUCGGGUUACGCCCCUCAAUGGAAGAUUACAGCAGCUCCGCACCUCGCACCGUCCUUAGCAACCCACCGUCGCCUCACCGGCUCGCGGAGGUCACAGGCCAGGGCCAGCCGGUUCAAUUUGGCUCCCUUCCUGCGGAGAUCCGUCAAGAACCUUCAGUACCGAUCGGAAAUCUCCUUAAUGCUCAAUCCUGUUUGGACGAGGGCGGCGAACUCCUUAAGAUAAACCCUCAGCUGCAUAUGGACCUUUCUUUACGGGCCAACUCCCUUGCUAAUGAUGGGCUGCGAAUCAGUGGUUUGGAAGAAGGGGAAAUCACUCCUUCAGUUGGAUGUUCUCCGAGACCUGUUCCUUACAGUCGGAGCUUCCGCCUUUGA